AUGUGUGAUGAAAGCGAACCUUCUAUUGGGGGUCGUCCCAUCUCGGAGAUGAAAGUAGUGGAGCUAAAAGAGGAACUGGGGAAGCGGGGAUUAUCCAAAAUCGGGAACAAGAACGCUCUUCAUGAACGACUCAAAGAGUAUUUGUUGACAGAGGUGAAUGCGAAGUGUGAGAGCGAAGUGCAGUCAACAGCUGUAGAAAGUCCACAAAGGGAUUUGACUUCACCACCCAACCCACUAGUAGCGGAAUAUUUAGCCAAACAACAGACUGCUUUACGUGAAGCACGCAAAGAUGCAGAAGCAGUUCGCAGAGCAUCUUCUGGAGAUGAUGCAUCGCCGAUACGCGAAAAAUCGAUUUCUGUUAUGCGUCGUUCUCGACGUGGACGUAGUACAGCUACUAUUGUUGAGAAACCUGCAGAGUCCAUAGUAAUUAGUGAAACUGAACAGGAUUUGAUGGAGGCGGACAGUUUCCAGGAGAGUGUGGAAGCGCAGUCGAAAAUCCAUAACAUCGAGGAAACUGAAGAUGACAUUGGUGCUUCAUUUGAAGUUUUUAAGAAAGAAACGGACAUUAGCGUUGACUCCAUGUCGAUGGCUGUGAAGACGAAGACAUCGGAAGACAUCAGUAAUCGGCAGUUAGUCGAUGUCGAAGGGAGAUAUUUAGCAAGUGCUAAGGGUGUAAGCGAAGAGCGUGAAUUACAAAAGAAAGACGAAGACAAAGGUGAAGAAGAAGAUGCUGUGUCGGAUGUGGCUAGCAGUGACACGGGGACAUCAAGCCAAAGUCUAAGUGAGGCAGCAGAUGAGUCAAAUGCAUCUUGGGAACAGAUGCCCGUAGAUCUGGAGGAAUUAUCGAACCGAGAAGUGAUGGAAGCAGUUGACGAUGCAUCAGAGAAGAUUGUAGAACGCACAAAGGGGACUUCAACCAUGCAAAUUAAAAGAGAAAUAACUCGUACCCAAGAAAAAAAACGUCGUUGGAGACCGUCUGAAGCAGCGCAUUCUACAAAUAGUGUCAUUACUGUUUCAAUCGCAAAACAUAAGGAAGAAGAAAUUGAAAUAGAUGAGCAGGAGGAUAUGCCCGAAACCCACGCUUCUGUCGUAUCUGAUUUCAAAGAAGAAUUGUCGGAUACAAAAGAUAGAAUGGAAGAGCUAGAUUACGAAGAACCAAUGCAAAGUUCAAUUGCCGAAGUAGCUGAGGAAGUUAAAGCUGAGGAGAUAUCUGAACGACGCAAAGAAAGAACAUUUGAAAGGGAUGAAAGGCACGCGAAACGCUCAGGUCCAUCAUGUGUAUCUAAGCGUUCACCGACUCCGGAUAAACAACUAGAGAGCCAUACAACAGUGGAUGGUUUCGUGCGUGAACGAAGAGUAUCACCAGCACGAUAUCCAGUUAAUCAGGUAAUAAUGAUAAGACAACUUACUCGCCCUUAUACAGUUAAACAGUUACAACAGCUACUUUCAACUUUCGGUACAAUAGUUGAAGGGGGUUUCUGGAUCGAUAAUAUCAAAUCCACAUGCAUUGCAAAAUACUCAACUGUGGAAGAAGCUAUUGUGGCUCGAGGACGUCUUCAUAAUGUUGUAUGGCCGCCUUGCAGUCCAAAAACUUUAAAAAUAGACUAUUCGGAUGAUGUGAAUCUUGCCAAACAUCUUGUUGCUGACCAGUCACCAAGUGAUGAAGUAAUAAAAGAAAGCAUAGAAACAGCGAAAUCACCUGGGAGCUCAGCUCCGGCUCUACGUGUAUCGUUAUCCGUUGAUGAAAAACGGAGACAUGUACAGCCAACCGGUCAGGAUGAGUUAGCGAAGGAUUUGGAUAAAAGAGAACGAGAAGGACGCGGACAUGAACAUCGGGGACGAAAGCGCUCGGCAUCACCACUAGGGCAUUCGGAGGCAAAACGGAUGCGCGAACGAAGAUCUCCAUGGAGGGAUGAACGUCGUCGCACUACUGCUUCACCUGAAUUAAAACCGAACGAACCGGAGAAGCGUGUUAAAACGGCGGAUGAAUUAUUUUUGAAGACAAAAACUCAACCAGCUGUCUAUUACCUACCACUCACUGAAGAACAGAUUAUUGAACGCACCAAACGAAAAGCUGUAGAAGCGGAGCUGGCAAAGAAAGUCGCACAAAAUGGGACCAUGAAGCGAAAGGAGAAAGAUGAGCCAGUAAAAGAAAAAGCUAACACGAGCAAACGUGUUGGCGCCAGAUCUCCUCCUUCACGUCGACGGUCACGCACCCCACUAUCCCGUCGACGAUCACACACUCCCGGCGGGCAACGUGAUCGGCGGCAUUCCAGAUCCCGAUCACCACGCCGCCGUCGUUAG